AUGUCACAACGCGACGAACCACUUUUGAAAACCUCUAUUAAUGAAAAUACAUCUCCGCUUCACAACUCUAGUGUGAUUACAAAAUUUCAUCCAAUUUCUCAUACCCUGAUAACGAUUACGCAACUUAUCUUAUCAACACUUUGUCUUUUAUAUAUCCCUUCAUCAAAACUUUUGGACGAUCCUGUAAAAUGUUUGAAUAUCACUACAAUUACCUUAUUUUUUGUGCAGUUACUAAUCGAAUCAACUAGGUGGUUAUUAUAUUUACAAGGAGAUGGGAUUGAAACAAAUCAAUCUGUAAAAGUUAUGUUUAAGAAUUUAAUAGAAAAUAAAGGCAAGCAUUUUGCUCAUGCGUUAUGGAUAACCUUAUUUGGUGCAUUCAUGUUUCAUUUAAUAGCCGUCGUUUUUGGUGCUCCUGCAAUUGAUGAUGUUCAAAAUACUUGGUUAUUUGCGAUUUAUAUAUCGCUUUUGGCAAUCUAUCCUCCUGCCUAUGCCUUCAAAAAUCAUGGACCUAUUUGGGCACGAGUGUUUUCUGAUGGAAGCCCGGAAAGUAUUCCAGAAAAAUUAAUUUAUUAUACUACAGUAUCUACAGUUGUUGGUGCUUGGUUAGGUGCAAUUGUUAUUCCUCUGGACUGGGACAGACCUUGGCAGGUGUGGCCAAUUCCUUGUGUAAUUGGUGGAUUUAUUGGUCAUGGAAUUGGAAGUAUUAUAUCAUUACUUGUGUGUUGUUUUGGUGAUGAAGAUGAUACCAUACAAAAAAAGCGGAAAUAA